AUGAGCUCUGAACAAAGAGUCAAAUUAUUGCAUUAGCAAUUUGAAGCAUACAAAGAAAUGAAUGAACAGGUAUCAAAUCCUGUUGAAUCUCUACAAUAUUACAGAUAACUGAGUACAAUAGACAAAUAAAAAUAUAUUGAAUUAUUUUAUGGUCGCAAUUGGAAAUAUCGAUAGAAUCUAUUUGAUAUCGUAAAGAGCAAUUAACAUGUUUUCAAACAUCAUCACCUUGAAGAAUACACAAGAGAAGAAUAGAGAUAUCAUUCAUUCCAAGCCAUGAGACAUUUCCAUUAAAAACUUGGAGUGACCUAUGAUAUGUUUCUAUCUGAUCCAAAUAUAGUAACCACUACAUCCGUUGCUAUGUACAGCUACGACCCAGCAGUUUGUGUGAAAUUUGGAGUUCAUUUUUCACUCUACACCAAAACAAUUCUCAAUCUAGGAACCGAUAAGCAUAAGUAAUACUUUGAAAAUGCUUAAACCCUAAUAGAUAUCGGUAGUUUUAGUCUCACCGAAUUAGGACAUGGCUCUAAUGUAAGAUAAAUCUAGACAACUGCUAUUUAUGACAAGGAAACAUAAACUUUUAUUAUCAACACUCCUACAGAUUUAGCCACCAAAUUUUGGAUUGGAGCAACAGCUAACCUGGCUAAUAUGACUGUGGUAUUUGCUUAACUCUACAUUGAUGGAAAAUAAUAUGGAGUUCAUGCAUUUCUAGUUGAAAUUAGAGAUAAAACCAAUCACAAUGUGAAAAGUGGAAUUACUGUUGGAGAUUGUGGACCUAAAAAUGGAUUGAAUGGAAUAGACAACGGAUUCUUAAUCUUCAGAAACGUUAGAGUUCCACUUGCAAAUAUGUUAGAUAAAUUUGCCACUGUGACACCCUCAGGAGAAUUCAAAUCUUCAAUCGAGGAUCCAGACAAAAGAUUUGCUGUUCAAUUAGCUUCAUUAUCAGGAGGUAGAAUCAUUUUAAGUUACUAUGGUGCAAUUACAUCCUUAAAUGCCCUCACCAUUGGAAUAAGAUAUGCUGCUAUAAGGAAGCAGUUUGGAUUACCUGGAGAGAAGGAGUAAAGUAUUCUUGAAUAUCCUCUUACCCAACUCAGAUUAAUUGUUCCCUUGGCAUCUACCUUAGUAUACACAAUUGCUGCUAAAGCUAUUAAUAAUUUGUGGGAUACCACUUAGAAUAAUGUUUUUAAUCCAAAUAAAAUGGCUGAAAUUCAUGCUCUCUCAAGUGUAUUGAAGGGAAAAUUUGCUACUUUUGCAAACAAAGUUAUUUUGGAAUGUAGAUAAAUUCUAGGUGGACAUGGCUAUCAUUCAUUUAAUAGAUUAGGAGUCAUGUUACAUGAUUAAGAUAUUAAUAAUACAUGGGAAGGAGACUCUAAUGUGUUGAUAUAAUAAACUUUGAAAUUCUGUAUGGAUUAAAAAAAUAGGUUUAUUAAUGAUUAAAAACCCAUUUAAUAUGCCUCUCUCAAAUUCCUUGAGACUUUCUAGAUUAAAUUAAUCAAAUUUUAAAAAGAUGAGGAUUAUUUAUGUCCAAACAAUAUUAAAUAUCUGUUGGAAUAUAAAUUGGACAAAUAAUUAAGUGACUUUAUGCAAGACUUGACCAACAAUUUAAAUAAUAAUGACAUGUUGAAAUCUUGGAAUCUUUCAUUUGCAUUCAAAGGAUAAUAAAUAUCUAAUUCCUAUGCUGAUCUUUAUUGCUUUUAACAAUGGCAAGAACUAAAUCUAAAGAAUGAUUCAGUUUUAGAUACCGCAUUUCAAAUUUGGUGUUUGACCUUAUUGGAUAAUGAAAUUGAACUCUAUAAAUAUAAUGGUAUUCAUUUAUUUUAACAUCCUAGAAUUUAACAUCUCCGAAGCCACAGUCAAAAGAUUAUUAAUGAAGUUGAGCAACCAACUCAAGGAUGAAGCCAUAGGAAUUAUUGAUGCCUUAGCUCCGCCUGAUGAAAUCUUAGGUUCCAUUUUUGGAUCUAGCGACGGGGAUAUUUAUAACAAAUUUAUGUAAAAAAUCUACAGUGGAAAGAACACCUUCUAAAAAGUAACUUGGUGGGAAUAAAUACAUAACAAAUGA